UACCUUGGCAACCACUGAACCUUAAGGACGGACCUAUCAACCCUAGAUUUUCUCAUUCUUAAAUCAGAAUUUAAGAGACAGGUCAAAAAUCAAGAUCAGAGAAUAAAGGAAAGAACCACAGACACAGUGAUGCCAUCCAACAAGUAUUCCUCUGCCAUUAUGGAGGAAAGAGACAAUAUGACAGCAACGGCUGCAGUGAAUGGUGAUGCAUCGGCAGGUGAGGGUCUAUCAGAAAGUGACAACAGCUUGGAGAUGACCAAUGAGAACAGCCCACUGACGGCUGCAGAGCCGCCGUCCCCUUUUAGUCCCAAGCAAAAUGGAGAUGCUGCCUCUCCCCCAGACACAAAUAUGAAUCAGCUGACAGGUAGCAGGAAACGGUCACGUAAGCGUUCAGAUAUUGAAGAUGACAUGCCAUGGGACUCGUACGGAGAGGAGAAGUCUCCCGUGUUUUCGGGCUGUGAGUCUGGCUUGAGACAAAGGCCUCGUCCUAGAACUAUUUUCCAAGCUGGUUUGACAUCGCACAGCAAACCACGCAACCGCGAGAGAGCACGUCAAAGCAAGCAGGAACAUGGAGGCUCACUGGCUCUGUCAUGCAGUGGUCAUCGUUCUUUGGGUUCAGCUGUUCCAGAGGGUCCUUCUCUGGAGCUGAUGGAACAGGACUCCAAAGACUCAGCACAGAGCAGUGCCACCACUGGCUCCCUGACAUCUACUGACACAGUCAUCCAACCUGAGUACAAGGACAAUAAGGGCUUUGGUGUCGGAGAGCUAGUGUGGGGGAAGAUUAAAGGUUUCUCCUGGUGGCCUGGCAUCGUGGUUAGCUGGCGUGCCACAGGCAAGAGGCAAGCAACCCAUGGCAUGCGCUGGCUGCAGUGGUUUGGUGAUGGCAAGUUCUCUGAGGUGUCAGCUGAUAAACUGGACUCCAUCACUGCCUUCCCAAAGUUCUUCAGUCAGUCCUCCUAUACUAAAUUAGCCUCCUAUCGUAGAGCUGUGUUCCAGGCACUGGAGGUGGCCGGUAUACGUGCUGGUAAGACGUUUCCUCUGUGUGAAUCAGACAACCCUGAGGACCAGGUGAAGCCCAUGCUGGAUUGGGCACAUGGUGGUUUCCUGCCCAAAGGUCUGGAGGGCCUCAAACCCACUGAGAACUCUGAGAGCAGUCCGUUGAACCCUCAGGUCUUGGAUAUGACUGUGCCUGAUUAUUACCCAACCUCCAAGAGACAGAGGCUCAGCCUGUGCAAGGCCAAACCUGUCAUUGAUGAUGUCUACAGCAGAGAACAAAUGGUUCAUGAAGUUUUAAAGAAUCACAGAAGUAUAGAAGAAUUCUGCCUCUCUUGUGGAAAGACAAGAGCAGCAACCUUUCAUCCGCUUUUUGAAGGAGGCCUUUGCCAAACCUGCAAGGAUGUGUAUCUUGAGAUCUCCUACAUGUAUGACGAUGACGGAUAUCAGUCCUACUGUACUGUGUGCUGUGGAGGUCGAGAGGUGCUUCUCUGCGGGAACGCCAACUGCUGCAGAUGUUUCUGUGUGGACUGUCUGGAUAUCCUGGUGGGCGCUGGCGCAGCUAACAGCGCUCGUGAUUUGGACCCGUGGUAUUGUUAUAUGUGCCAGCCAAUACAGCAGUAUGGAGUGCUGAAACGACGCCACGACUGGAGCCUCAAACUUCAGGAAUUCUUCGUCAAUGACAACGGGCAGGAAUUUGAAAGCCCAAAAAUUUACCCAGCUGUCCCAGCUGAGCAGAGACGACCCAUUAGAGUCCUGUCACUGUUUGAUGGCAUUGCCACAGGCUACCUAGUACUUCGGGAACUCGGCUUUAAGGUAGAUGUGUACAUUGCAUCAGAGGUGUGCGAGGAUUCGAUAUCCGUGGGAGUCGUUCGACAUGAAGGAAAAAUUCAGUAUGUCCAUGACGUGCGUAACAUAACAAGGAAAAAUAUUGCCGAAUGGGGACCAUUUGACUUGGUGAUUGGUGGAAGCCCAUGCAAUGACCUGUCCAUCGUCAACCCAGCCAGGAAAGGUCUGUAUGAGGGGACAGGAAGGCUGUUUUUCGAGUUCUACCGCCUUCUCAGUGAGGCCAAGCCCAAAGAUGGAGAGGACCGUCCCUUUUUCUGGAUGUUUGAGAAUGUGGUUGCCAUGGGUGUCAAUGACAAGAGGGAUAUUUCCCGUUUCUUAGAGUGUAAUCCUGUAAUGAUUGAUGCCAUAGAGGUUUCACCAGCACACCGGGCACGGUACUUCUGGGGUAACCUGCCUGGGAUGAACAGGCCUCUGUGUGCAUCUGGGAUGGAUAAGCUGAAGCUUCAGGACUGCUUGGAGCAUGGCCGAGUAGCCAAGUUUGGAAAGGUGCGUACUAUUACUACCCGCUCCAACUCCAUUAAACAGGGCAAAGACCAGCACUUUCCCGUAAUGAUGAAUGGAAAGGAGGACAUUCUUUGGUGUACAGAGCUGGAGAGGAUUUUUGGUUUUCCAGUUCACUACACGGAUGUGUCCAACAUGGGUCGAGGAGCCCGGCAGAAGCUCCUGGGCCGGUCCUGGAGUGUGCCAGUUAUUCGGCACCUGUUUGCCCCACUGAAGGACUACUUUGCCUGCGAAUAACACCCAGUACCUACUUGCCGCCCAGAACCUCACCACUCAGUACCUACAUGCACUUGAAGAUGGCGAAAUUCCCAUCGCUAAAACAUACAGCA